AUGCUACCUUCAGAUCGUCAAGUUUACUCUGAUUCUGAUGAAAGUUUAGAUAAUUUUCCUAGAAAAAAAACUAAAAUAUCACAUGUAAAUGAACAAUCAUUUGAUAGAGAUAUUUUGAUUGACAAAGGUAGUCAAAAUUGUGACGACAUUGAAAUGAACCAUUAUUUUAAUCACAAAAAUCAAAAUUUGGAGAAUAAUCAAAAUGUGUCUUCUGGAGUAUCUGACGAUGAUGAUUAUAACGUUAAUAACUUUGAAGAUAGUGAAAGUGAAGAUUAUGUACCUAUGUCAGGUGGUAAACAUGAAUUAGAAAAGUAUGUUACAAAUGAAACAAAUUCUAAGACAAAUGCAACUGAUGGUGAAUUUAUCAAAGAUGUUAGUGUUUUUGUCAAUGAUAUUAGUGUUUUUGUCAAUGAUUUUAAUAACGAUAAGGAAAGAAUGACUAAAUCUUAUAAACACAUUGGAAUAGAUGACGAUGAAUUAUAUGAAAUACUAGAAAAACCAUAUAGAGACAAAAACAAAUAUCACAAUAAACAUAAAAAGAAAGUUGCUACUCCAGACGAAAACACAGAUAGUGAAAGUGAAGAUUAUGUACCUAUGUCAGGUGGUGAACAUGAAUUAGAAAAGUAUGUUACAAAUGAAACAAAUUCUAAGACAGAUGCAACUGAUGGUGAAUUUAUCAAAGAUGUUAGUGUUUUUGUCAAUGAUUUCAAUAACGAUGAAGAAAGAAUGACUAAAUCUUAUAAACACAUUGGAAUAGAUGACGAUGAAUUAUAUGAAUUACUAGAAAAACCAUAUAGAGACAAAAACAAAUAUCACAAUAAACAUAAAAAGAAAGUUGUUACUCCAGAUGAAAACACAGAUAGUGACAGUGAAGAUUAUGUACCUAUGUCAGGUGGUGAACAUGAAUUAGAAAAGUAUGUUACAAAUGAAACAAAUUCUAAGACAAAUGCAACUGAUGGUGAAUUUAUCAAAGAUGUUAGUGUUUUUGUCAAUGAUAUUAGUGUUUUUGUCAAUGAUUUUAAUAACGAUAAGGAAAGAAUGACUAAAUCUUAUAAACACAUUGGAAUAGAUGACGAUGAAUUAUAUGAAUUACUAGAAAAACCAUAUAGAGACAAAAACAAAUAUCACAAUAAAAAUAAAAAUAAAGUUGUUACUCCAGAUGAAAACACAGAUAGUGACAGUGGACCUAUGUCAGGUGGUGAAUUUGAAUUAGAAGAGUAUGUUACAAAUGAAACAAAUUCUAAGACAGAUGCAACUGAUGGCGAAUUUAUCAAAGAUGUUAGUGUUUUGGUCAAUGAUUUUAAUAACGAUGAAGAAAGAAUGACUAAAUCUUAUAAACACAUUACAAUAGAUGACGAUGAAUUAUAUGAAUUACUAGAAAAACCAUAUAGAGACAAAAACAAAUAUCACAAUAAACAUAAAAAGAAAGUUGUUACUCCAGAUGAAAACACAGAUAGUAACAGUGAAGAUUACGUACCUAUGUCAGGUAGUGAAUUAGAAUUAGAAGAGUAUGUUACAAAUGAAACAAAUUCUAAGACAGAUGAAACUGAUCGUGAAUCUAUCAAAAACAAACCUCACAAUGAAUCUAAUAAGGAAGUGUUUACUCCAGAUGACUACGAAGAGGGUGAAAAAACGUUGUUGGAGGAAGUGUGUAAAAAUCAUUUUGAUAUUUUGCCUGAAAAUUGGAUACAUGCAAUUCAUAAUAGUGGCAUGCCUAUUUAUUUAAACAAGAAAAGUAGAGUUGUAACAUUAUCAAGACCUUAUUUUUUGGGACCAGGAGAUCCUAAAUCACAUUUAGCACCAGUGUCAGCAAUUACUUGUUUACAAUAUCAAAAAGGUCUUGAAAAUAAAGAAAUUAUAAAAAAUGUACCCAAUUAUCAUGUUAGUAAAGUUGGAGAUAUGAUUAUACCUAAUGCCAAAGUGGAGACUGUAGAAGAAAAUAUUAUUAAAGAAUCUUUAACACAUGUGGAAUUACGGGAAUAUUGUCAAUCACUAUUUAAGUUGAAGGUUGAAGAAAAUAAAUCUCCAAAUAAAACACCGAAAGAACAAAAUAUAAAAACAGAAAUUUCUGGAGCCACACUAAAAAACACCAAGGAAAGACCUUCGCUUCCAGAUAGUACUAAAUUGAUAUCAUUUCCACUUCAAACCGAGGACCACAACAAACAAUUUUAUCGUCGCCGAGAAUGGAUAAUGAAUCCAAUUGGUAAAAGUUAUGUGAGCAUAUUACAUGAAUAUUUACAACAAGCAUUGCAAACACUACCUAGGUAUGAGUUUAAAGAACUUGAAAGUGAAGAAUUACCUUAUUCUGCAACUGUUGUGCUUAAUGAUGUUCAAUAUGGUGUUGGUUUGGGUAUUAAUAAGAAACAAGCAAAACUUAAUGCAGCCCAAGCCACUUUAGAUAUACUCAUACCUGAAAUGAAAAAUAAAAUAGAUUCAAAUAUCAAAAACCAAAGUGAUCCAGUAAUAUUUGAUCAAAUUAAAGUCACCGACCCCAGAGUUAUUGAAUUCUGUGCUAAAACUUCAGAACCUAGUCCGUAUGAUAUGUUAUUAAUAUGUUUGCAGAGAAACAUUGGUGAAUGUGAAAUAGGUAUUGAAUUUAAAGUGAACAAACGUCAUAGGACGAUGUUCAAUCAAUACUGCACAAUGACUGUUGGUAAAGACAAAGCUUCUGUUCCUUGUAAAAAUAAAAGGGAUGGCAAACAAAAAGCUGCUCAAAUAAUACUGAGCUUAUUACAUCCACAUAUUGAUAAUUGGGGUUCGUUGUUACGGCUUUACGGUAACGGUAGCAUUAAGAAUCCUAAAGAAAAAAAACAAGAACAGCAAGAAAUCACUCGGCUCCAGUGUAAAGCUACAGCGAAUCAACCAAAUUUUGCUAUACUAAAUAAACUUAAAGAAGAAAUGUUAAAAAUUAGAGACCAAAGAAAAUUAAAAGAAACUAAUGAAAUGUUAGGAUUACCUUCGACAAUGCUUGCUACAACAUGUCCAAAUACCAUAGCAACUCCAUCAUCAUCCACAAGUCCUAACUAA